ACUUAGGCUGUGGUAGGAGGAUUUAUAUAAAGGGAUCUGGCAACCCGUGUAUAACUACCGUGUAGAAAUGGCCCUGUACGCGAGACUCGGUAAAGUUUUCGUGGGAAAUGUGCGGAACAUGUGCAGCGCACCUCCCGGGUCACGGCUCCGCAUAUUGCCGAGCAGCAGCUGCUUCUUUGAUGAAGCAGUGCAGAUUAAAGUGAGCGGUUUGCCUCCUGGGAAACAGGUAGAUCUUCAAGCCACACACCAGGACGACAAAGGGGUUAAGUUCAAGGCCACUGCGACCUACACUGCAGAUGAACGUGGGGAAGUGGAUCUGAACCAUCACGCGUCCUCCGGAGGCUCCUACACCGGUGUGGAGCCCAUGGGCUUGUUCUGGUCCCUGCUUCCAGAAGCUCCACACAAGAAGCUGCUGAAGAGGGACGCGUCCAGUCCUGUGCUUAUACACAUCAAGGCUCUCAGUGAUGGCAAGGUUCUCACGGAGGAGACCAACACACGGAGCUUCAUGCUGGAUGGGACGCAGAGAGUCCCAGUGAAACACGGCAGAUUGCGUGGAACUCUCUUCGUACCACCUGGUGAAGGUCCUUUCCCAGGGAUUAUAGACCUGUAUACGUUAGGAGGCACCGUGUGUGAGCCGAGAGCAGCUCUCCUGGCAAACAAAGGAUUCGUGGUGUUUGCUCUGGCUUUCUACGGCUACCAGGACAUGCCCAAAUCCGUGGAUAAACUCGAUCUGGAGUACUUUGAGGAAGGUGUAAGGUUUCUGCAGACGCAGCCUAAGGUGAAAAAAUCUGGAAUAGGAAUCGUGUCGAUCUCAAAGAGUGGAGAUCUGGCUUUGUCCAUGGCCUCGUACCUUCCCGACAUAUCAGCCACCGUCUGCAUCAACACCUGCAGCGCCAACGUCCUCUUCCCGCUCCAUUAUAAAGACAUGAUCAUCCCGGGUUUCUCCGGCAACCCCAAGAGAGUAAAAAUGACAAGCUCCGGCAUCUUGGAUAUACGAGACAUCCUGAAUGACCCGAUGGAGGAGGAAAAGACCCGCGCUACGGUCAUUCCUAUCGAGCGUGCCAGCUGCAACUUCCUGUUCAUCGUGUCAGGAGACGACAGGAACUGGAACAGCGGCUUUUUCGCCGAUCAGGUAUGCAAAAGGCUCAAAGAGCACGGAAAAGCAAACUACGACCUGGUGACCUAUCCGACAGCGGGACACUUUAUGGAGGUGCCCUACAUGCCGCAUCACCCGUCCGGGCUCCAUGCCGCCGUGAGCCAAGUGGUCGUGUUUGGAGGAGAACCGAAAGCUCACGCAGCCGCACAGGUCGAUGCGUGGAAGAGAAUUCAAAGCUUUCUCGAAUCCUGCUUGUAAAAGUGCUUCCUGAAAUCUUUUAAAGUUUAAUACAUCUCGGGAAUAAACCCCUCCACGUCAUGCUGUUACAGGAAAAGUAAUCAGCGAUGGUCUGAUUACCGUCCUGGAGUCGAUCCUCGUCCAAUAACAGCAUGUCCUGGAGAGUUUUAAAUGAAUUUAGAAGAAAAGACCUUUUCAUCAUAGUGCAUUAACACCUAACGGACACGAUGUCAAAGUCAUUUUUGUGCGUGUUAAUUGUGUCGAGUUUUGAUAUAGAAAUGAAACAAAUAUUUUUAAAUAAUAAAGAUAAUUGGUAUGAAGUGUGUA